UGAAAGCAGCUGAGAGGAGGGGGAGUCAGUUCAGCUUCAUCCAAAUGAAUAAUAAAAAGAAAGAGUCAUUGCUUCCAUCUCCCUGGAAGAUUGCAGCUAAGGAGGUGCUGAAGAUGGAAUCCUUCUUUUGCUUGUCUCAUAUUUUGGCCAUGGACUUCUCUAGAGAACCCUUGCUACAGCCAUUGUGGGAUUACUUCCGACUUAAUUACACUGAUACCUUGAGAUCUCCUCUCUUCCCUGUGGUCCUCACUGUUUCAUCUUACCUGAUCUUCUGCAUUCCUUACCUGGUGUUAAACCUCGUGGGCAGAAAGUGGCCUUGUAUCCACAAGUACAAGAUCCAGCAAGACAGAAACCCCACAGCAGAGAUGAUAUUGCACUGUCUUGGAGUCACAGUGUAUAACCAUCUGUUCUUCAUAUUUCCAGCUGCUGUUGCACAAUGGUAUUGGAGACCUCCAUGUCCCCUUCCAGAAGAGUCUCCAACCCUCAUGGAUAUAAUAUCUGGUGUGACAGGAAGUCUUCUUCUAUUUGAUUUCCAAUAUUUUAUAUGGCAUAUGAUUCAUCAUCGAAACAGGUGGUUAUAUAAGACAUUUCAUGCCAUCCAUCAUGAGUACAUGGCUCCCUUUUCCUUGGCCACCCAGUGUCUGGGAGGUUGGGAACUAGUUACUGUAGGUUUCUGGACUACAUUAAACCCAAUCAUUUUCAGAUGUCAUAUUCUCACUACUUGGGUUUUUAUGGUAUUCCAUGUUUAUGUUUCAGUAGAAGAUCAUUGUGGCUAUGAUUUUCCAUGGUCCACAUCUCACCUGGUACCUUUUGGGAUUUAUGGAGGCCCAGCAAAGCAUGAUGUACAUCAUCAAAAGCCCAUGAGUAACUAUGCCCCUCACUUUAUGCACUGGGACAAAAUCUUUGGUACCCAUGCUGAUUUUAGUUCAGUAAAGGGAAUUCUGGAGCAGGCCACCCCUAAUAAAACCUGCUGUGCAAGCAAACAAGAGGACAGCCUGUAUGAUGAGAGCAUCACUCCUACAGCAAGAAUGGCAGACGAAAGGAAAAGCUGAAGUAAACAAAUAUUCAACACGUCACAAAAUGUUGUACAUAAAUGAUGUUCAGAUUACAGGGUCCCAGUGUUACUGUUUCAUUAUUAUACUUUUAGGGUAAGGCCACACGAGGAGAUUCGGGGAGAUUCUCCUCGUGUGGACUAGCCCUUAAAGACUCUCAAAAGUUUUACUGAAUAAUCAAGACACUUAAAAUGAAUUCAGUGUCAAAUGAUCACUUUACUGACUAUUUAAAUUCCAGCUCCCACUAUGCUGCAGCAAUUCAACAGAAUUUGGCAAACCUUCAAGCAACUUUACGUUCAAUGCUUAGUUUGAUUCACACCAAGGGUUUUGUGAGACACGAGUAGUUAUACUUGUCACUUACUGGAAUAUUCACAUUAAAAGGACCUUAAAUUCUUAAUAUGCAAGGAUUAUUUAAUAAGGGCAGUUGAAAAUGACAUAAGGGAAAGAAAGAUAUUAGUGUUUUACAUUAAGUUGUAAUAAACCGUUUAUUUUUGUU